AUGCGUUAUACACCAUUAUUUCCUUAUUUUACUAACGUAAAAACAGCAUUUCGUAUAUUAUAUGAUGAUUAUGUAACAGAAGAGAAUGGUGCAGGUGUUGUUCAUCAAGCUUCUUUUUUUGGAGAAGAUGAUAUUCGUAUUUGUAUUGCAAAUGAUACUAUUAAUAAAGAUACAGGAUCUGUUAUUUAUCCAAUUGAUACUCAAUGUCGAUUUAUUGAUGAAGUUAAAGUAGAAGUGAGAAUCAAUAUUAGUUGUCGUGAAAUUAGCACUAUCAUUGGUAUUUCGAAAUCAUCUGUUCAACGUGCUUUAAAACGAUAUGAAGAAACAGGUGAAUUUCAAGAUCGACCAUGUGCCGGUAGACCAAAAAAAUUAAAUGAACGAAAUAUCCGUAUACUUAAUUGGUGUUUGGAUUAUUCAAAUUGGACUAUUAAUCAAUGGAAAAAUAUAAUAUUUUGUGAUGAAAUAUGUUUUUACGUAAUAAAACGUAAAAAUAAAACAAAAAUAUGGCGUACAAAAGAUGAACGUUGGAAAGAAAGUUGUAUGCAUGUGGCAGCUGCAGGUGGUGGUGGUCGUGUAAAUUUUUAUGGUACUAUCACUUCUGAUGGAACUGGUUGUUUUCGAAUUUACAAUGAAAAUACUAAUAGUGAUGUUUAUUGUGAUAUUUUAGAUAAUUAUUUAAUUCCAAUAGUCCAAUUAUAUCAAAUGGAAAAUAAUUAUUUUUACCAACAUGACAAUUCCAAAUAUCAUCUAUCGAAACAAACUCAAAUGAAAUUUCAUGAAUUAGGUGUUAAAGUAUUAAAAUGGCCCAGUAAAAGUCCGGAUCUCAAUCCUAUUGAAUCAUUAUGGACCGUUAUAGAUAAUAAAUUAAAAUCUAAGUCACUCUCGUCGGUAAAAGAAUUAAUUGAAGCUUUAUCAAAGGCAUGGUUAUCAAUAACACCACAAUUAUGUCAAAAACUUGUAUUUUCAAUGCCACGUUGA